CAAGCAUGCGACCUUCGAUUUACGGCUUAAUGUAAUGUGGUCCUUGCAGGAACCCCAUUCAUGGCACGACUUUCGGAACAACUGCGUUACUUCGUAAACAAGAAGGUUACCGAGGAUGCUGAUUGGCAAGGCGUGGAUAUCAUUCUGUCGGGCCACGAAGUCCCCGGCGAAGGGGAACACAAAAUCAUGGAAUACAUUCGGUUGUCAAAGGCUCAACCUGGGUAUAAUCCUAACACGAGGCAUUGUCUAUAUGGACUGGAUGCAGACCUGAUUAUGCUUGGCCUACUGAGCCAUGAUCCUCAUUUCUGUUUGUUGAGGGAAGAAGUCAAAUUUGGUCGAAUGAGAGAGAAGAAAACCACGAAGUACGCACAUUAUGCCUCCUCCGAGAAUACCUUGACCUCGAAUUUCGAUCAGUGGCACAGGAUUUACCCUUUGAGUAUAAUCUCGAACGGAUCAUCGAUGAUUUCGUUCUCUUGGCAGUAUUCGUUGGGAACGACUUCGUUCCUCAUCUCCCCGAUCUUCAUAUCCAAGAUAAUGCCUUGCAUGCCCUCUUUGAGAUUUACAAAGAGAUUCUCCCAAAAGCUGGUGCAUACAUUAACAAUUCAGGUGUUAUCAAUACCAAGACACUCCAAAUGGUGCUCGAUCGUCUCGCCGAGAGCGAGACCGAGGUGUUCUAUAAGGAGACCUCUGAUGCUAACUGGAUGCAAUCCAAGAGAUCACGGGGGCAAGAAACGCCCAAAGUAACUCAGGGUGCGUUGGUCCUAAAAAUCCCAGUGUUGCUUAUCUC